AUGGCCACACACUUGAGCGGAGGUCGUAUCAACUUGGCAGUUUGGAGGGAGGUAGCGAGACGAGAAUUGGUCGAUUGUUUAGAAAAGUGUGUCGGAAGCAAGGCUGUUGUAUGGGACGACCACCUGACGGGUCCAUUUGGUCUCAUAGCUGAGUACUCAUUGCUGAAGGAGCAUGAGGUAGAUAAGAUGUUUCCCCUACGCCCCGACCGUCUUCCCGUCACGGGAGGAGGAUCGGGCGGCGUAGUCAUCCAGAACAUCAUCUUCAUUGUACGCCCCAAGUUGGAGUUGAUGAGCAUCGUGGCCGAUGCGAUCAGAAGGACGGAGGAAGCUUCGGGGAGAUUUCACAUUGAGUUUCACAUCUUCUUUGUGCCAAGAAAAAGCCUACUGUGCGAGAAGAAACUCACGGAGCUUGGUGUGUAUGGCACCCUGACUACUGUAGGGGAGUUUACCCUUGAUCUGUUGCCAUUUGACAGUGAUGUACUCUCCAUGGAAAUGGACCAGUCUUUCAAGGAAUGCUACUUGCAGAAUGACAUGACGACCAUGUUCUAUUCGGCCAAAGCAUUGAUGAAGAUCCAGGCGCUGUAUGGUGUUAUACCCAAGAUCUACGGCAAGGGAGAAUGCUCUAAGCAUUUGGCAGAUAUGAUUUUGCGUCUCCGUCGUGAGAUGGCCGGCAAUGAGCGUCAAGUCCAGCCCCAGAUUGACACCCUCCUACUGAUUGACAGGACAGUUGACCCCUUGACCCCACUAGCGACCCAGCUGACCUAUGAAGGAUUAAUUGACGAAAUGUACGGAAUUCACAACACUACUGUAAAGCUCCCUCCCGAGAAAUUUGUGCGCAAGAACGAGAACGACCCUCAGCAGGAGCUGCCGACAGAACCCAAGAAGAUUCAACUCAACUCAUCGGAUGAACUCUUUGCCGUCAUACGAGAUAAGAACUUCAACGCAGUGGGUCCUGAGCUUAGCCGCAAAGCUAAGAUACUGUCUGCCCAGUAUGAGGAGCGGAAAGAUGCUAAGACGGUACGUGACAUCAAGCAGUUUGUCUCCAAGCUUCCACACAUUCAAGCAGCCAAGGCGUCGUUAGCGACACAUACCUCCAUAGCUGAGCUGGUGAAAGAAAGAACAGAUUUGGAAUCUUUCAUGGACUCGCUUCAAACUCAGCAAGAGUUUAUGAACGGCGUUGAUACCGACAAAGUGAAUAAUUACAUCGAAGAAUGUAUAGCCAAAAGAGAACCAUUAAUUAAGAUUCUAAGGUUACUGUGCAUACAGUCAGUCACAAACAAUGGUCUCAAGCCCAAAAUAUUUGACUUCUACAGGAGAGAAAUUUUACAGACGUAUGGGUUUGAGCACAUGGUGUCGCUGAAUAACUUGGAGAAAGUUGGGCUGCUGAAAGUACUGGGUCAGAAGACGUACAACACCAUCAGGAAAACGCUGAAGCUGGUGGUCGAGGAUGUAAAUGAACAGAACCCACAUGAUAUAUCGUAUGUAUACAGCGGCUAUGCUCCCUUGAGUGUGAGGCUAGCUCAGUUCCUUGCAAAGCCAGGCUGGCGGAGCAUCGAUGAGGUAUUGAGACUCAUCCCUGGACCCACUGUGGAGGAGACCCAGCAGAUUCCUUAUGGCCUUCAGAAGAAGAGGACAAUUGGAGACAGUCAGACUGAUAACCAGAAGGUGACGCUAGUGUUCUUUCUGGGCGGAGUCACCUACGCUGAAAUUGCUGCUCUUAGAUUCCUUUCCAAUCAAGAAGAUGGUCCCAUGGAUUAUGUAAUAGCGACAACGGCCAUUAUUAACGGGCACAACUGGCUCAGUUCCAUCAUGGAGGAUCUCAUUCCAACGGUUUCAGAGAAGGACACCAGAUCAGCGACAUCGAGUAGACUCAGAUGAUAACGCCAGAUGUUAUUUGAGGCUUCGUUAAAUAUACUACUAAUAAUAGUAAUAAAGACUUGUAAUGCAGACAUAUGUACCCACCCUGCUGUGUGUUUAAGGGGCAGAGAAAUUUGUGCAAGUAUGGGAUUUGAGACAUUGCAUGGUGUCCUGCUUUUUAACUUCUAGGUGGGCGAAAGGAGAAAAUGGGCCAGGACUACUACUGAAGUUUUAGUGGGUCGAGAAGACUUCUCGUUAUAAACGUCACUACCACAGAGUGAGUUCUUAAUUGAUCUCAACAUUUUGACUCGCUUGCUCUAGUCAUCAUCAGGGUAUGUUAAGCUUUGCAAGGUUGUUUGACAAGAUAACCUGUUGUCGGUAAGCAAGAAAUACUGAGAAAUUUUAAAAGCUUGGUUGGAAGGUUGUAUGGUAAGGAAAGUCAGUUGCGCAAACAAGAUUUUUUGGGGGUAUUUCAGCUGGUAUUUGGUAGGCAAGACUUGUCUUAGCUUUGUUGAAAGCAAUGUGACAUUGGCCCCCAGGUAGAAAUUAACAAUGGCCAACUAUCUUUUUGGACACAAGGGCUGAUCUGCUAUGUGAUAAUAUGGUCCUGGGUUUAAUCGGCUUUUCAGGUUGAACAACCACAAUAUUUCAAAAACAAAUUGGAAAUCAGAAUGAAGUAGGAAGGACAUCAUGCCUAAUAAACGUGAGAAUGCCAAGACAGUCCUCGUUACAACACACAAUCUUUAAAUUAUAUUUAACUAAAUUUCACAAAAUUGUAUCAAUCUAUCACAAACAAGGAUAUCAAAAUCAUUUGUAUAUAAGUCAAUUUAUUUCAUACCAGUAAUAAACUUUCUAUAAACAAACAUCCAUCGAAAACGGGAAAUUUUCAGAGAAGACAUUUUAAAGUACAUGAUAUCAUUAAAGGCACUGUACAUGUUUGGUAAUUGUCAAAGACCAGUGUUCUCACUUGGUGUAUCCCAUCAUAAGCA